AUGGCACCGAGUGGAUUGGCGAUUCUUUUGGGAGCUGGUCCUGCGACUGGGGCUGGCAUUGCGCGUAUCCUCUCACAUCCGAACCACGGCAACAUGGCCGUUGCUCUUCUCGCCCGCCGCCCCGACUCCCUCGCCGACCUAAUCAAAUCCCUACAUUCCCAAACCCCCUCCCUCGUCCUCGAAGCCUUCCCCACCGACACCUCCCCCACUUCCCUCCGCAAGGCCUUCGCGGACAUCAAAGCCCACCAAUCCUUCCGGGAUUUGAAGCUCAAAGUCGCCAUCUUCUCGAUUAAGAAUUCCUCGAAGAAACCUUUCAUGGAGGAGUCGUUUGAGGAGUUUGUGCAGCCGCUCGAGACGUAUGUGGGCGGGGCGAUGGUUUUCGCGCAGGAGAGUUUGAGGAGGUGGUUUGAGGAGAAUGGGGAGGGGGGGUUGGUGGAGGGGGGUGGGAAGAAGGGGACUUUGAUCUUCACUGGGACUUUAGGCGCCCUCCGCUGCAACGCCGAAUUCGCCAGCUACGGCUCCUCACGUAGCAGCGUCCGGCAACUCGCCCAAGCCCUCGCGCGCGAGAUGUCUCCCAAGGGCGUGCACGUCGUGCACACCAUCGCCAACGGCCGCAUCGUCGACGCAGAUAACGACGACACCCGCACUGGGAAACACAUGUCGGCCGACGCGGUGGGCAAGACGUAUCUGUGGUUGGCGCAGCAGGAGCCGGCGUUGUGGACGCACGAGUUGGAUUUGAGGCCGGCGCAGGAGAAGUUUUGA